GAGCUGCUUGCGUCACCAAGCGAGGAGUAUUUGAAGAGUACUGGGGGAUGAUAUGAGACAUUAGCUUGCUGAGAAACCACAGUCACAACUAAAUCUGCUUGACAGUCUAGUCAGUCUGAAGUCCAGAAACUUAUCUGAUCGACUUUGAUUUCGGUACCAUUCGAUACAAAGGAACUGAGCACACCUCAAAGCAGCACUGAGAUCAAAACAAAGAGUGGGUUUAAACAUGCCAAACUAUAAAUUAACGUACUUCAAAUUGAGAGGGAGAGCGGAAACAGCUCGUUACAUUUUUGCAUACAGUGGAAUAAACUAUGAAGAUGAGACAAUUGAAAGAUCUGUUUGGGCCCAGUUAAAACCAACUCUGCUGUUUAAACAACUCCCGAUUCUGAAGGUCGAUGAAAUUGAACUUAACCAGAGCACUGCCAUUGCAAGGUAUCUGGCCAGAGAAACAGGCUUAGCUGGGAAAAGCAACAUUGAGCAAGCUCAAGUGGAUGCCAUUGUGGACACAAUAAAUGAUUUCAUGAACCUGUUCCCUUGGACGGAGAGGGACGAGGCUGUGAAGCAAAAGAUGAAUGAAGAUAUUGUCACCAAUAACAUACCCAUACUUCUGGAUGGCUUGUGCAAACUCCUGGGGGACCGAACUUGGUUUGUUGGUGAUUCAGUUACCUGGGCAGAUUUUCACUGGGCUGUCUGUUCCAUCACCCUCAGCAGCCUAAAUGCCGACUUGCAUAACUAUCCCAAAUUGUUAGCCUUGAAGGAACGAGUUGAAGCUCUCCCUCAAAUUGCAGCCUGGAUAGAACAAAGACCAAAAACUCCACUGUAAAGUUACAGCAUCAAGUUCUCUGGAAAAACUAUUACAGCACUUAAAUGGAUUUUUACAUUUACAGACUAAUGUAUGACUCUUUGAGCAGUAAUUUCAAAUUGCAUAUGCCAGCCUUGGUCUUGUAAUUACUAUAGAUUUCAGUAAUACAAGCUUUAAGUUUCUAAUUUGUUAACCUGUUAGGGGAGAGGCUGUAAAACAAGGCGUGCAUUCCCUCCAUUAAAAGGGUGAUCUAAUGGAGGCAUUUAAAGGAUCUGAUAGAUUUGGUGGACAAGGCUGACCCUAAAUGGCCUAACUCUAAUUUCAUGCAAUGUGAAAAAGCAUUUCUUCAUAAAGGGCUGUGAAAAUCAAUAACCUUCGCUCACAAAAAACUGGGGUUUUAGUGAGAUAAUUCAGAAUGGGAGUGAUACAUUUUUUGAUAGUAUGGGAUGAGGGAUUGAGAUAAAAUGUAAUUAAGAUGCAGAUCAACCUCAGGGCCAGACUGGCAUCCAGCUACUCAACACAACACUUGGGAUGAAAUGGGGCAGUUGUCAUCCUAGCUUGUUUUGUGACUCCUGGGAUAUUGUCUUCUUUAUGUUGGACUGAACGAUUUAAAUUAACAAUUUAGACAAUGAAAUAUAAACCACAAUUUCUGAAUUUGCAGACGAUACUAAAUUUUAACACCAAGGGGGAUUGUGCCAGAUGACAAGAUAUUCAUAGCCUUGAGGUAUAGACAUGCUGGGAAAUUUCAGCAAGUGACGUGCUAAGCUUCAGUUCGUUGAAAAUAAAGAAAUUAAGUAAAAGGACGAAUGGGAUCUUGGCAUACAAACCAGCCACUAAAAGUAUCAGACAUUAGAGGAGAUAUUUUUGGAGUACUGGAACUGAGAAAUAGUGCAGUUGUGCUAAACAUUCAUUCUCUAUUGUUUAGAUUACACUGGAAAUACUACAUACAUAUUAUUAUACAUAGGAAUCAGGUAAAGAUUUCUAAAAAUUGCAGCAGAAAUGUGAAGGGAUCAACAUGAUGGGUACCAUAAUUCUCGAAAAAAAGGCUGAGGGAAGAGGCCUUUGUAAUUUUAUGUUUUGAUGGAAUGAAGGAGGGAACAACAAAACUGGAGGCCAUCAAUGUAAGCCCAGAAAUGAAGUAGGGAAUUCAGAAUAAACACCAUUACCUGUAGAGGUGCGAAUGUGAAGUGGUUUGAGAUGAACAGUAGAUGUUAACUUGGAUAUACAUCUAAAUGUGUAAUUCUCUACCAAAAAUUACAGUUACCAAUACUGCAACAGGGAUAUUUAUUCAUCUAAGCAUUUCAACAUAAUUAACGGGAACAGUAUGUUAUUAUGUAAUAAAGGUAGCUUUGCAACAA